AUGCACCGAACUCGGAGCGGGUUUCUGAUCGCGUUCUCACAGCGCAGGCUGGGCAGCCGCUGGUGGUUGAGUCCUGCGUUGUCCCCAACAACGAGCGCCGUCCCCUCCGCCUCCGUCACGCUGUCGAGGGAAGGCGGUGACGUGCUCCCCGACGCCGUCGUUGACGCAUGGCUGAGGUGGAGGAGACAGCAGGGUAGUGGUGGUGCUGCCUACAGCUCGGUUGCCCUUUCGAGAAGCGUGGCGGACGUGCUGUCACGCAUUCCUAUCUCCGAACUGGGUGAAGCACACGGCACGAUUACAGAAGAGACAGACUCUGAAGUUGCGGAAGACAAUUGCAAACGCAGCCCCGUAACGUCCGCGGCUGCAAGUGUCGGCGCGCUUGUCGACUCGCUGCACCUUGCGACGUGGGGAGGCAAACACGUCCCUUGCCCAUCUACACCAACGGAAGUGGUUUUUGCUCAGCUGCGCAUUUUUGCCCCACUGUUUCUUCAGCUCGAUGCUGCAACGGAGCAUCUUGCCGUGCUCGCGGCGUACUGCGACGAGGCGAUGGAGGGCAACGCCGAAAAGGGUUCGACUGCUGCAAGUCUGUACAUGCAGCGGGUAUUGCGACAGGUGCGCGUGUCGUGGCAGCCGUGGGUGACGUCAGCGCAGAGGGAGCGUCUGCUUGCGGGUGUUACCUCUUUCACUGCUUCUCACUAUGGGCCGGGCUCUUUUCAGAAGGGUAUGGAGACGCAGCGACGACCGUCUUCUGCGACUUCAACGUGUGACGGCGUUGGAAGCUCAAACGGAGUGCCCAACGGGUUUUUUGUCUCCCUCCAGAAAACACAUGAAACCGACCAGGAACGCAGCUGGCGCAUCUUGCUAGAGAGCGUGCCAACCUUUUAUGUGUCGGCUGACCUCGUACGAGAAGAUGUGCUGCGCAGGUAUCCAUCCGACGGAGCGCGUCUCUGGCACCUGUGGACGCGUACGGCGUCUACAGCAGCCGAACGAGCUGCUGCUGUUGCUGUUGACGGGCAUCCUGUGAGUCCCUCAAAUGGAGCGCAAACCGACUUCGGUGAUUCUAGUACUGAUGCACCGUGCCUUGAAGUAACGGCGGAUGGGCGCGCCGUACGCGUGCCCUCGAAGGAGGUGUGCCUUCAGUUUGGCUGCCCAGCACGUCUUAUUUUCAGCACUCAGCCGGGCACCUGUGCGAUGCCGCGGGAGCGCUACUCGCUUGUGCAGAACGUUCGUUACGGCCCACAGCUAAUGCACUACGCCUCUUGGUUGCUCGCUACCACAGUUCCAACAGCGGCGGCGAAUCUCAGCGACAUUCGACGCGUCUUUGAUGUACAAAGGUGUAGAAAGGAGGGUGAUGAGCAGCCAGAGGCGUCCACGGCGGAAGCAGUCGUUCAGCAGAGCUCCGACAUCUCUCCGCCGUUCUCAGUUUGUAGAACUUUUUUCCCUUGCAUGGAGGUUCUGCUGGACCAUCCAGAUCUGGCCUUUGCCCUUCAGAUCCAUGAUCCCGCGCGUGACCUUGUUUGCGCGGGGCUUCCGCCUCCGUCGCCGCGGCCAGGUGUGCGUCGGCAUGACAGCACCGAUAACUCGCUUCAUGUUCAAUUACAUCCUGCCUUUGCACACGAACUCCGGGGAGCAGCGGAUGUGGUGUUGAACGUACUGCGGCAGGCACAGAGAGCAUGUAACGCUGCCGCAGUGUGCGUUACCGCGGCUGCUUCUCAUCUUGUGCCCGCCUCUGUCGCCGUUCAUGUACGAAGCAGUCCUACCGACGUGGUGCCACCAUCCCUUGCGUCGUUUCUGCGCUGCAAAAUUUCUGCUGGGGCCAGCGACGUUGCAGCAGCAACGGCAGAAGAAGAGGAGAAGAGACAUUUUCGCGGGAACGUCGUGUGUGUUUCUUGUGUCGAUCGCAGCGCAGGGACGCCCUUGUCCACGAGUAGUGCCGGGCAGGAGCUGCUUCUGGCCUUUGCGUGUGUGUCAACUCGUGUGGAUGUCGUUGUGAUUACUGCGCCGUGCGUUUCGGCGCUGCUCACACGUCUUUCUGCCGCAGGACAAACGAGCCAGGCUGACGCAUCAUCAGCAUUUUCAUCACCGGAAGAACAAACGGAAGAGGCACCGUGUGGGGUGGAUGCGCUUGCGCGUCUUCUCUGCCACGACUCGGUGGCCAAAGUUGUCCCCUCUCGCUUCUACGGCAACGCGCGGCGCGGUGGGCUGGCACGGUUGUUUGGCGUCUUACAGGACUCGGUGAUUACGCUCUGCCCGCUCCAGCACGUGGCCUGCUACGCUGGAAUUCCGAUGGGAGAGUUGAUGGCAAAGGACGACGAAGAGGGAGACCUUUUGUUGGCGGCGACAGUCAAUCAGCGACACGAUGUGCGCAUAGAGGUGACGCCUGAUCAGAUCACACAUGAGGUUGUGGGUGAGGCCGAAAGAGACUCCAUAAUGAAAGCAGUCCACGACGCAGCGAGUUUGGCUGUCGCAGCGCUGCUGCUGUGUCGCGACCGGCACCGAGAACAACAGCUGCACUGCCCUCGCGUUACACCUCCUCACGCCCAUUCGCUCUUGAGGGGCACAGAGAGCCACCUGUCUUUGACGGACUUGCUGAGGAGGUGGGCCGGCUCGACGCGUGCGAUGCACGACCACAGUGUUGCCGUGCGUUUGUCGCGCUACACGCGUUGGCUGAGCGGCCUCACGAGCACGCUGGGCGGUUCUUGUUGGGAGAUCGACUUGGCGCAGAGCACGCGUCAAUCAGGUGAGUCCCUCUCUCCGGCAGCCGCACGAGCGCUGCUGCGGGAACUCAUCGCAACCUAUGGUCCGGAGCCACUCCCGCCGAUUCAUUGGAGGUCUACGCUUCUCUCUGACACAGAUGCGAGCAGGUGUGCGGAAGUGAAUGGGUUGGAGACGGGCACUCCUGUGCUGGCGGCUGCAGCUGCUACUCCUGACUCCUCAAUCACAACCGAAGACGUUUUGUUGCCGGCCAAGGACAUCGAUACACCGCAGCUAACGGAAUGUGAUGAGCACCUCUCUUUUGAUGCUACGCUCUACGACGCCUUGCUGCGAGAUGCAGCCGAGGUCACGCAAAGUGCGGGUGCGUCUCCAUGGCCACCACCACCACCACCACCACCGUCUGCGGCGGAUGCUGGUGUCCUUGCUGUCGCUACUGAAAUAGAGACAUCGUCAAGCGAAAAGGGUCAACAGAGUGCCGCCCCUAUCUCUGUUUCACCUCCAGCUCAAGCAACAACUGCAGAUACCGGUGCGAGUGCUUCGCACGAGCAGGACACGCUUCAGUUUUAUUUGACGACCGUCUUGGGCAGCGACGCAGCGGCUGCCGCUGCCAGCGUGACCCAGCGAACACCGGCCACCUCAGCCCCCCGAGAGAGAGUAGAACAUUCAAAUCAACCGGCGAUGGUGAUGACUGCUCCAGCCGCCGGUCCAACAGCUGCGCCGUCGCCUCCAGCCACGCCGAUUGACAUCGCUGAUCGGACUAAAUUACCCCUCGGCUUUCUGUUCGGCCCCCGCAAAUCGUUUCCAUCGCCGGACAAGAAUACCGCCGCCGUUGCUGGCGGUCGCUCUGGGUUCAUACCGAUGCAGCAGCAAACGCCUCUGCAAGGUGCUUCGUGGCCUUCAAACCUCCCGCAAGAGCGUCCGCGGCUGCAACCGGGGCGGCAACUUUGCUGCAAUGAAAGGUACAACGCUCCCCCGACAGCCCCCCUGCGGGGCCUUACUUCUUCUUUCUACUUACCCACAGUCUCCUCUGCUCCUCCGAUGCGGAGUAGCGCAACGAAUGUGGCACGGUUCGACCCCUUUGCGCCGUGGAGUGCGGGAGCUGGCGGAAACACAAAUGAAGCAGUGAGCGCAUCUGCGAGUGCGGAUUCUGCUUUUCCUCCUCCACCGUUGCCUCCUCCACCGCCUCCGAUGCCGGCGGCGACGGCUUCCGUUGCGUCAACCCCGACAGCCCCGUCGGGGUGCGCCACGGACCUCACAGCCGAUUUUCUCGGCCGGGUGUCCGAUGCGGAGCGGCUGCGCUUGGCGUCGCUGAUCGUGGACAUCUUGCGAGGCAGCCCAAGUCCUCCGUCAGCGCCGCCACGCUAG